ACAUGUCUUAGUUUCGUUAAGACUUAUGAAUAACAAAAAUACAAAAAGGUGUGGUUUGGUAUUUCUUUUUGUUUGACGGUGAUAAUGAUAUAAUUUAUUAAAUAUGCGGUACAAUAAGCAAGAAUUAGCUGCAUUAGCUUCUCAAACAGCACAAAAUUUCGACCGUGAAGGUGUGAUGGUAAUGAAAGAAAAACAAGAGGGAUUUUUUCGGCGUUCGGAAGGAUGCGCGGCCAGAUGGUUUCGCCUUCGUGGUAAUCUCCUUUUCUAUUUGAAAGGCCCAGAGCCAUGGUAUGAACCUAUAGGAGUUAUAAUACUUGGCCAGCAUCAAGUGAAAUUGCAGAGCCAAGAUGAAAACGGUCACUGGCCUUUUCACAUAGUGUGGGAGAAUGGGGUCUGUUACAGACUGGCUACAUACCAUGAGUCAGAGCGAACAAUGUGGUUGAAGGCCAUACACUUGGCCCCAUAUGAUGUACUUAACGCACAAGUAACAACUCUUCGGGAAAAACUCAACCGAAUAAGACCAGUCUUAGAUAUAAAUACUUAUAGAUUGCAAAAAGGGAUUGUAGUAGAUAUGAACGAGGUACCUCUCUGUGAAUUAGCAUUGUCAUGUGAUAAUCUGUUGUGUGAUGCCCACGGACAGCCUCCAUCUCCGUUAAUUAUUAUUUAUAUUAGACAUUCUAAAGGACUGUGUAUAAAAUACGGCACAACUGAAAUAUGUGAUAAGAGCAGCAAUCCUUGUUUUUCGAAGACAAUAUUGUUUCGUGCUAGUGAUGGACUAACAAGGGACGCAGUUGUGAGGAUAGUUGUAUACGACGUGAAGGAACGUGUUUCAGAAACCGCAGUGCCUAUGGGAUUUACCUCUAUGCAGUUGAGCACUAUACAGGAAGCACAAAGGCUACGAGUCGCACUGAUGACGCGUGACAGCAAAACCGUUGGGUUUGUUACCUUACAUGGCUGGAGCUUGGAACCCUCAUAUAUUGGCACAAGCCCCGUUCACUCCAACGACAAAAAUUCCAUAGACAUCUCUCAGAAGGUCCUAUGCCAUCGCAGAUCUCAAUCUCUGCCACCGAGAUUGGGCCUCAAAUUGAAAUUUCCGUCAUACGGCAGCCUGUUGAAGCAAAACUUCGUGAAUAGUCAUCAAGUUACGUACAGGUUUCACUCUGGUCUCGGUGGGGAUAUUACAGUACAUGAGAUAAUGGCUGAACCGAAGCUUUGCUACCAGCUACCCAUACAGCUAUUAGACAUUUUUAUUCAGAGGGAAAAGGAAUUAUUGGAAGAGCUAUUGUCCGUUGGUGAAAUAAACGGAAUGUUCCAGAAGAAACAACUGGAAUUGGCCGGCAUCCAUAUGUCAUUAAUUAAACAUUAUUGUCAUUCGAAGCGGUGCCUUCAACAAUCGGAACACGCUUACUUUAAAGCGAGCAGUAAAAAAGAUGACUCGAGUCUAGAGUUUGCGCCGAUCAACUUGCAUCUACAGAGGAUGUGGGUAUACAACGAUACGCUGAACAAAACGGGGUUCCAUGACGUCGUCACUGCGGGCGCGUUUGCGGCGCACACGCACAAGUCCGAGCGUACAGGCGGACUUAUUAGAUUGGUUCAACAACUAAAGGGUAUAAACUGUCCGAAAUCGGCAAUCAAUUUCGCGAUCGCCAACAAAGUGCAGACGGAUUAUGACAACGUGCUGGCGAUGAUUCGUCUACGCGAUGAAGUCAUCAUGGAUAUGGAGCGAAUUGUGGUGCUGCUGCAGGCGAGCCAAGUGGAUGACGUCAUUGAUACUGUAGAAGGUAUCAAACGCAAGUCUAAAAGUAUGCUAGCUCUAUGGGAGCCUGACGUGGUAGUGGAGUCGAUGAGUAUGAUAGGAUGGCCGAAGCAGGCAUUCAAUGAAGAGGCCGAGCUGCAGACAAUGUCAUCACUAAUGCGUUUAACGGAGCAACUAAAUAUGUUCGAUGCGAAUUCUGACUGUGACACAUUCGAUGCCUCGUCCAGUUCGAGUUCCAAGGAUACGUCCCCGACCGUUGACGUUCCAACAUUGUCCUCCAGUGCUCACAAUAUCUUCCACAAGAGAACAGACUCAAACCGAAAUACACUAGAAAGGUCCGAUCUACAAUUCUACAACGACUACUUCAAUAUCGAGGAACGGAAUCGAUUCAAUUACUCGUUCCGUUCAGUUCGGUCGCCGGUCAGGAGCAAGAACGAUAGUUUAUCGUUCGAUUCGAAUAGAACGAGACGAGGGAGUCUGAAGCACGAUUACAAGAACUCAUCGUUGGAACAAGUGUCGUAUAGAUGCCUUAUGGACAGCCUCAGCGGGGCAGAGAAGAAAAAGGGCUCCGAUAAGAAAACCGACACUAUACCCAACGCUGUCGAUGAGGCCAUGAAGAAGAGCAACUUGAUCCAGCUGAAGAGCUUUGGAGAAGAUUUAGAGUCAUGCUGCAAUUCCUGUCUUGAUGCAGCCAUCCAUCUGUCAUCUCUGAGCAGAGCGAAAACCGACGACGAGAUAGACGGCCUGCGCGCGUUGAUACACGCGUUUGAAAAGACGAGCGAGCGUCUAGUACGCUGGGAGCGAGUGUCGCACGCGUCGUUCAGACUGUGCUGCGAGCUGCCCAAGUGUUCCAGAGACCACGCCGCAUUACAGACGAGACGGGACGCGUGCUUCUCGCAGGCUCUGGCCACAGUAACAUCGGGCCUACUAUGCUGGUUCUGCUCAACUCCCUGCGACAUAGUGGUGAAGGUGUUGACAUCAGACCUGGGUCCACUGUGUCAGUUCGAGGGUCUACUCAGUCUGUAUGCUGCUGAGAAAGCCAUGUGGGGCGAUAUGGUGGUGGCUAUAGAGGAUCUACAGACGGUGGUGUUUACGCUCACCAAGGUUGGCCACAGCAAUAUGUCGAUACCACAAGUGAGCGGUACGAGAGGAUCUCUGAAUGUGCAAAUUCCAGUUUCGGAUUCGUUGUACGGAAAAUUCACAGAUAAAAAGCAACUAAGUUUUACAAUAACGGCGGUAUUCUUCAACAUCGGUAUCAAUGAGAAGGCAACUCUCGCAGAGGCGCUUGGCGAAACAACACCACAGUUUCAUUCCAACAACGAUAACUUAGAUCGACUCAACAAAUACUACCACAAAUACAAUAAGGUGUUUCCGACUGACCAUUCGGCACCUAAUAGAGCGUCCUCAAGAACGAAACCGCUAGAAGACGUUAUGGAACAACUACGUAUAGUUGUCCAUAAAAAAGUACCAAAGAACGUAGAAGUAUUACAUUUGGGAGCGCUGGCUACUAGACUUAUGAAUGGAAUAAGGUUUACGUCGUGCAAGAGUGCCAAAGACAGGACGGGUAUGUCAGUUACUCUAGAACAGUGUUCGAUACUGGCCUCAGAAUAUCAUUUAGCUGAACACGAGAUGAAGAAAGCGUUGAAUAUUAUGAGGAGCGAGGGUUGUCGCAGAGAAAACACAUUCAAAAACAUCAACGUACGAAAAUACGCGUUUACAAAGAAGCAAGUGAUGGCGCUGCCACUCGACUACAGACCACCUGCUGGCACGUACGGAUCGUCACAGACCUAAGACUAGUACACUGCCUUGUAAAAACUGUACUUAAAGAAAGCCAUGUUUUUGGGAAAAUAAGUGAAAUGGUAAUACUGGUAAUAUAAUGUAUGUUUCAAACUUACAAGAUGUUAAGUUUUUAAAGGUAAAUGAAAUGUUCACAUCACAUUAUAUACUGUGAUCUACGAAUAAUAUAGUUUUUAUUAUUCUUAGACUGUGAUUUAAAAAAAAUGUGGUAAGUGGUCCAUGCAUUGGAUUGUUAUUGUAAGACGCCACGUUCAUUGCGUUUUCGCAGUGUCAACGUUUUAGGGCCAAUCUACACGUACCACAACCACACCACAUCGCAACGACAAAAUGUC